AGACAACUAAUGGAUAUCUAAUUAUCUUUUGUUUCUAGCCAGAUGCUUUGGCUGUAACUAGCCAAUCACUCGACCUCUCGUCACAAAGAAGUCCUUUCUGUUUAUGCCCCCCAAAUUUCUAAAGGCAGCUUGAGCGGCCACAACAACGAAUUAAUUAGAAGAACUUGUCAACACAACACCAGGUCAGGGGCUGCUAUCUCAGAUCUUCCGCAGAAAAACACAAUGGCUCGGAUAAACCGCCAGACGGCUUACCAAAAAGCCGACGAGAUCGAGUUCUCCACUUCUUCCGCAGAUCCGCUCGCGGCAUGGAGGAUCUCGGGAAUCAAGGGUCCCGUCUGGGAGCAGUGGUACUUUGAUAGCGUCGCGGACGACGGGAAGUCGAGCGUCGUUCUCACGAUCGCACGGGAUGCGAGCUACGCACUACUCGGGCGCGGCACGCUGCGCGUCGAGCUCGACGUGACCUUCGACGACGGCUCGCACUACAACAACGUGGACUGGAUAAGCGAGGCCAUCGUCGAGGACAGGAGCGGCCCCAAGAACACCGGCACCGUCGACGGCUCGUGGACGGCGCCCAACAAGGCGUACCGAUACCAGAUCGCCGCCGACGGCAGCGCCGCCAAGGUCGAGAUCGCCACGCCCGAGGUCCAGGGUCACUUCACCCUGGCGGCCUUGUCUCCACCCCUCUACCCCGAGGGUGAGACACAGGAGGAGCUCAAGGCGUCCGGCAAGACGGCCACGACGGAGCUGCUGCCCAAGAUCCACCUGGUCCAGGUCAUGCCCACCGCGACGUUCGAGGCGGAUCUGGUGGUCAGAGACCGCCUGGUGCGAUUCCGCGGCAUCGGCGGCCACAUGCACGCGUGGGCGGCCGGGUCGUGGUUCGACACGACGCUCGGCUGGCGCGUGACGCGCGGGGUGGCCGGCCCGUACAGCGUCACGCUGAUGGAGUACACCGACAUGGACGGCGUCGUGCACUCGAGCGGCUUCGUCGCCAGGGACGGCAAGAAGCUCUUCGGCGCCAAGGAGGUGUACGCGACGCCGCGGUCGUCCUCGGCCCUGCAGCGCGCGCUGCGCUACACGGGCGCCGGCAAGGACGAGAGGAAGCCCAAGCACACGGUCCGGUGGACGCCGACGUACAACACCGGCUUCGCCGGCCGGUUCGGGGACUCGAGCACCGGCGCCAUCCUCAGAUUUGCCGCCGCCGAGGGCGAGGAGUACCAGUUCGAGCUCGUCCACCGCCGCAAGGCCUUCGAGUAUCUGUUCGGGAGCAGUGACACCGGUCUGACCGCCUUCCUGGGCGAGAUCAAGGGAGGGAAGGUUGGAGAGGAGGUAUACAGAGGUGUGCAGUUCUCCGACGUCUGCGUAUUACCCCAGGGUAUCACCAAGGUUUAUUUCUUCAUCUGCAUGCUGAUCGCCGUGCUCACAUUCGGUUACAUCAAUAUCCUAGAGACAAACACCUAAAGAAACAGGGGGUUAUUAGAUGUGACAAGUAUUAAAUUACUCCGUAGCACACUCUACGAUCACUUUUAAUGACUGUUCGAAGGAAUUGGGUUUGUCUGGAUGUGGAGUUGCUGGCAUCAAAUUGAGCACUAGGUAUACGGAUACUAACGCAGAUGAAUUUAAUCUCCGUCGUGAUUUCUGGAUCCCACCUUUACAAGUUCUGAAGUUGGCAUGCUGG